GCCGCCGCCGGAACGGAGCCGAGCGGGGCCGGACGGACCAUGGCGGGGGUCCCGGGGGAUGCCCCCCUGGCAGACGGCGCAGGGGGCUCGGGGCGCGUGCGGGCGCUGCAGCAGGAGGUGCAGGGGGUCACCACCAUCAUGAGCCAGAACCUGGAGAGGAUCCUGGCCCGCGGCGAGAACCUGGAGCAGCUGCACAGCAAGAGCCAGGACCUGGAGGCCACGUCGGAGCAUUUCCGCACCACGUCGCAGAAGAUGGCCCGGCGCUACUGGUGGAAGAACGUGAAGCUGCUCAUCAUCCUCGGCCUCGUGGGCGUCAUCAUCCUCGUCCUCAUCAUCCUCCUGGCCACCGGCACCAUCCCCACCUAGGGCCACCGUCCCCACGGGGACAUGGCCACCACAGGGCACAAAUACAGACAGGGGAG